GUCCCAGGCCAGAGUGAUGCAGGAAAAUGGUGACAUCCUUCACCCAGACAGGUUUGGUCUCCUGCUUAGGAACGCCAAUGCCAUGGGGGACAUUCGGGAUUGUCCGGGAGCGUGUGGCAAGAAAGUGCAGAUCAGACGGACUCUGCUCAAUUAUCCAGAUGUUGUAAGCAUCGGGCUGGUGUGGGAUUCUGACCACCCAUCGGUGGAGACCACCACGGAAGUCGCUCGCAACAUCGGGACCAACAUCCUCAUGCAGGACGUGUUCCACUCCGUGAUGCAAGACCUACGCAGAAUGCCCAAGCUGCAGCUGGUGGGGCUGGUGUGCUACUACGGCAAACACUACUCCACAUUUGUGUUUCACAGCAAGCUGCAAGUCUGGAUCUAUUUUGACGACGCUACGGUCAGAGAGAUCGGCCCGCGCUGGGAACAUGUGGUGGACAAGUGCAGCAAGGGACGUUACCAGCCGCUGCUCCUGCUCUACGCAAACCCGAAGGCAGAUCCUGUCUCCGUGGAAACUGCACCCAAGAAGAGAGUUAUGGCCCCUGGUUAUGGGAUUCCAGGGGGGCCUGAGGAAGAAAGCAGCCUGGACCGUACCCACGAGAGUAUCUCCAGCCAACAGUCGCAGCACCGAUCCCGCACACCCAACCCAGAGCCGUCCCCCCCAGCGCUAGAUCAAGGGUACCCCCGGGCACGCUCAGUGACCCCCAGCACAGCCGAGUGGCGCGACGACUCGAGCACUUCCUCCACGUCGGGCGAGCACAGCAGGCAACCCAGCUUCCUCAUCGCCAUGUCGGGAAAACCUGACAACAAGGGAAAACAUCAGCCGCGGCUGGGAGGUCAGGCUGGGGGCGGGGCGGGGGUCCCAGGGCCCAUGAUGCCUGUGUCUCAGCAGCAGCCGCUCAGCGCUAAGCCUCAGCAUGCUCAGCCUGAUGGCCACGGAGACAACUACUCAGACUACACGCUGUCAACGAGUGACCAGUACCGGAGGCCCUCGCUAAACGGGUUCGAACCCAGCCAACUGCCACUCACACCCAACAUGAGAGGCUACCCAGAUGCCCAGAGGAAAGAAAGUUUCUCCAGAUCCCGGAAAGAUCCUGUGCGGGCAGAUGUAGUGAGGUAUCAAAUGGACCCUUCGCACCCUCAAGGGGUCGCUCCACCUGACUACAGGAGUCAAGGUUAUGCACCCCAAGAUCUGAACUCACCACCCCCUGCACUGCCACCCAAGGCUGGCGUGACACCAGCGUUCUACCAGCACGGCCUGAACGCAGGACACCCACUUCACAUCCGCCAGCGGGCUCUGUCUCAGGGCGGGGACGAGGCGUAUGGCUCAGACACUGGGCAAGACAUCCAGCCACAAAAACAACACACGAUUGUGAAGCCUGCGGCAGGUUCGAACUAUGACCACCCGGAUGGCUUGUCUCACUCACACACUCCCGUACAGUCUGGCCUAGCCACUCUCCCACGACGGAAGAAGGAAAUGUCAGUGGACUCGACAUCUGGACACAUGAAACAGGGGUCACUACACGAUGGUGCUGACAUCAACAGGUCGGGCUCAUUAAGCAGCUCUCAUUCCUUCCCUGAUCAGAGGCCUGGUUCAAAUCCCAAGUUUUAUGGAACAGAUGAAAGUAGGACUCCGGUCUCGAGCUCUGAACCCCGUGGCCUCCCCCCACCAGCUCCAGUCAAACAAGCAGUGCUAAGCUCAUCCAAGGAUGCAGCCUCGAAGAAAUCUACAGACGCAGACAAAAAGUCCAAGAAACUUAAAAAAGAAAUGAAGAAAGCGGAGAAAAAGAAAUCAAAAUCUGGAGAGACGCUGAAAUCUCCGUCAGAGCAGCCUGAUUCUGCCACCAGUGGUGGUCCCGUAGCGGGGAGUGAAGCCAUCCCACGGCGGGCUGAAGAGUUCCGCGAUGACAAAGUGAUGUAUAUCGACCGUCGGAUGGUGGAGAGUAUCCUCAAACACCAGGGCUUGCAGCGACAGCCGUCCACGCACAGUACAGCCAGCCACACCAGCGGCUCCAGCAUCGAGUCGGACAGUCUGAUGGGACGACUGCUGGCCUCUAAGCACAGCGAGGGAGGUGUGCCUACUGAUGUGUCAUUUGACAACGUGUCCAUCGGCUCGCACAAGGACUCGGGCUAUGGCAGCAGUGACCGUAACAGUUCCAGCUCUACGGGAAGUGGGACUGUCGACCCUUACACGCAGUACUUCAUCAGCAAGAGUAUGGUGGUGCCACGGAACCUCAACCCACAGUUUUUGGAGCGUCCACCUCACCAGCUGGUCAGUGACUUCACUGCCCCCAACCCUCAGGUCUACUCGGCCGCUGUUGCCUCGCAGGAGUCUUCUGGGAAGGAUUUGUCCGGACUUUCUAAAGAGGAAAUGAGCAGGCAUUUGUACGAGACACUCAUGAAACGGAAAGUGAUGCACCCCAUCAAAGAAAGCAGCCAAGAAGACAUCCUGAAGAUUCUGCCCCAAGACUUGACCCCCACCUCCAGCCCCGCCCGAGUGUCUUCACCGCUACCCUCGGCAGACCCGGCCACCAGGGAGGGGAGGCCACCACCCAUUCCGCCCAAAAAUUUUGCAGCCUUCCAAGUUUCGAAGUCGUCCCACCAUAAAGAACCAUCAAUUGACAGUUUGGAUAAAGAUGAAGUUGAGAACGACUAUUUCGUAUCUAUGUGUGAGAAGGCUGAUGAACUGAUGGACAACUGCAUCUUGGCUGAGACACAGGAAGACCUUCAUGCCGCUUUAUGCUACUGCGAUAGUGCGCUUGGCUGCCUGAAGGAGGCCAUGAAUCAGACAGAGAUUUCCAACAAGGCUCAAGUCUACGCUCAGAAGAAGCACAACUCUUGCCUACUCAAGUCUCGCAGUUUGUUCAAGCGAACCUCGGGUCAUGGUUCAUCUGAUGGCAGCAUUCACAGCGGCAAGCGGUCCAGCAUCACCAGCACAGACUCGGACAACAGCGACAAGCCCGUGCGCCGUGUCACCUCCAAGGACCGUCUGCUGGCCGCAGGGAGGACCCUGACAAGACCUGGACCUCAGCAACAGCAAGCAUCCUUGACCAGUCAACAAAUGCCAGCGUCUGGUGGUCAAGUGUCCACUGGUCGCCACCAGCAACAAGAGUCUAUGAGUGGUCACAGGAAAUCUCCAUUGGCCCAGCCGCUUGCGAUGUCUGCUCAGCAGAAAACCGGCCAGUGUGGACCGCAGCGGUACCCCUCCCCCUCCCCUGCAGUCUCCACACAGCCAAUGUCUGGUGUCCCUCAAAGACCCGGAGAAGCGCAACCAGCUUCCUCCCACAUGUCAAGGUCGGCGUCGGCCGAGGGGGAAGUUGUCCACGCUCGGUCGUCUAGCAACAGCUCUAUGAGGUCCUCAGCUUCCACCCCAUGCUCUCUGUCUCAGCCUCAGUCCACGACCCGGCCAGUGGCAAGUUCUGUUAGUAGUCAACCCCACCAUGUCCACAUGCCCCUCGACGCUUACGGAACUCUGCCCCGGAACAGGAAGCCGCGAAGGACAUCGGACCCAACUGGCAACUCGGAGGUGUACCAGAUGUACCUCAACAGGCAGAAAAACCUGCAGCUGACAGGAAGUAGCUCAGACAGUCGUGAAUCGGACAGCAGCAGUUGUGACGGGAACGGACAGAAGAAAACGAAUAACACAGAGAUACGAGAGAUGCUGGAGAGUGGCGUAGUCCAGAGACAGAAACAGCAAUUUGUGGGCGGUCAAACCCUGAGGCAGGACGGUGGGGAGCGAGGGCCGAAUGGGCAGCGAAACAGUCUAGACGGGCCGGGGAGUACCCCCAUGCACCGCUUCGAUGUCCACGCAGGCCAGUCUCAACAACCCUCUGACCAAAUGUCUCAGCCCGGGCUUGACCAGCGGUCAUCAGCCGGACCCAUGGGCCAGUCCCAGCCAGUGCACCGUGGCCCAGUGUACAACAAAGGUCAGCUGGUACCCGGAAGCGGGUCAAACACACCGGAAAAGUCAAAUCCCCCACGUAUGGCCGGUGGUCAUCACACACAAAUGACCCCCUCAAACCGACCAUUGUCAGCUCACUUGACCAACUCCCCUGCAGUCAAACCUUCCAACCUGUCUCAGCAAAACAAACAACACCCUUCUCCCAGUGGUCCGGUGUACCCACAGCAGCACCCCUCCAAGUCGGCCUACCCCCCCACAUACCCGUCAAAGCCUGCUCCGAACCCCAUGUCUGUCUCCGGCUACAGUCAGCCCUUGCCAGGUCACAGAGGCGUCGCAGCAUCUCACGCCAGCACGGGCUCAAACUCCAACCAUCAGGGUCCACAGGCCGGUGCACUUCCUGUUGGCCCUCGAGGUGGUCCCCACACUGCCUCACCCCCCAGCUACCAGCCUACAAAUCAGGUGCCAGGACCGCCCGGUGGGGGUUAUGGCGGACCGCCCAGCGGUGUGCAACAAGUAGACAACGGUGUUCAGAAUCUCAAUCUGGGAGCCUCGAGCCCUCAGAAAAAGACAAAUCUUGGGCGGACUCCUCCCCCACCCCCGCCGGUCCGCACCACCUCAAACCCUGACUUCAGGCAGCAGCUGCCCCCUCCACAUAUGCCUCAGCCGCAGCAAGGUCACAGUGCCAUGCAGCAAGGUCACAGCGCUGGUCAGUCGUACCAGCGGAAUCUUUCUCACGGCCCAGGUCCUGAGCUUGGUCCACGAGGGCAAAUGAAGGGACCGACUGUAGCUCGGGUAGAACCCAAUAGCCAUCUCGACCGAUCAGCUUCCCACUCUCAUUCUGUACCAUCUCGACCAGCCUCAUGUUUCGAGUCCCCUGCGCAGCCUGCCUCCCAUUAUGCCUACCAGCAGCGACCCCCGACCUUCGCCUCAGAUGCAGUGCCUGGGUCGCAGCUCAAACACGCCAGUAGCAGCACGGGACUCAACCAGUUGUCCCUCACUCCCAGACCGCUUGAGAGAUACUCCUCCCAGCCCGACUGUCAGAACUUGGUUGAUGUUAACUCCUACACCACCCAGACAGAUGUAGGCCUUUCCUCCCCCUCCUAUGCUACCAGCAUCCACUCCAGUAGUAACAAUAAUUGUCCACAAGACAAGAAUCCUGCCUCUGGUACAAAUGGGAGAUCGCUUCUGACUUCUAGCGUUGCACACACCCAAGGUCAGUCCCUGGCAGCGACCUCUAACCCCGCUACAGGUGGCACGGAAGCUGAAACGUUCAAACCCAACGUGAGGGCUCUGGCUUCUCGGUUUGACCGGAGUGUAGAAAAACCGCAGGUGAAGCCCAAGCCAGGCUCUGGUGUAACUCGAACCAGGAGCAAGUCGGAGUCUGGCAGCAAAAAACCCAAGUCUGUUCUCAAGAACAAGAAAGCGAAAUCUGGCAGCUCUCGCCCUCGGAAAUCCGUAACAUUUGCCGAAGACAUUUCUAGUUUAGCCGCAGGUUACGAGUCGGCUGCCGAGUUGACUUCUUUCAAGGGCGGUAACUCGAGCAGCGAGCGGGCAUACUACAGCGACGACGAGGAUCAGCUGAGUCACAAGCCAGUCUCGUUCUCGGACAAUGACCUCGACGAUGUAGAAGACAGCAGCAACAGCGACGAAGCUCCACUCUCCCGCGAGGAGCUCGCCUGCCAGUUGUGUCGCAAGAGGGAGAUGGAGCCCGGCAAAGCUUACUGCAGCAAGUGUUCAUUCUACAUGGGGAGGCUUGUUUCUUCAUAGUAGUCGACACUUUAUGGUUGCCGACUCUGUAUUUGUUUUUUUUUUGUUUUGUUUUG